CAACUGGCCGGUGCCGUUCGGAGGACCAGUUGACACUUGAUUUCAGGACACACUCUUGGCCACAUCUUCGAGACAAUUACAUUAUGAAGGCGAUCACCUUGAUUCUGCUGGCGGCCGUCGUGGCCGGUGCUUCGGCGGCGGCUCGCUGCGUCCGAGACAACGGAAGCGGUCAGCCUGGCUGUAAGAACCUGGAGGAGGUGACGCAGGGCGUUUGGCGCCACAACCACGACCCGACCGCAUACUGGGAGUGCUCCAAGCUGAACCAGCCGGCCACGCUGAACCGUUGCACGAGUGAUUCCGCCUUCCACCCGACCCUGCUGGAGUGCGUCAGCUGGGAUGACUGGGAGUGGCAGCCGACCUGCGCUCCGCUGACCCGACCGGACGUCGUGGACGCUUGAACCCUCCUGAUUGAUGAGUGAUUUAUGUUUUUGUGAGCAAAUAAACUUUGGUAAACUGACA